AUGGGGACGAACGCGCGGGUGACGCCACGGGCGGGCGAGCGAGAGAACGAGCGCGAGGACGACGACGCGUCGAGCUCGAGCGAGGCGUUCGACGACGACGCAUUCGUCGUGGAGAGCGAAGACGAGGAGACGGACGCGGACGUGGACGAGGACGCAUCCGACGACGACGACGACGACGACGACGACGACGACGAGGCAUCCGACGACGACGACGAGGAGGAGGGUUCGGAUGAAGACGAAUUACUCGCGAGACCAAUGUCCAAUCAGAUGAUGGGGAUGUCUCGCGCGUUCGCCUCGCUCGUGGGAGACGGCGACGAAGACGGCGACGCGGAGAUGCUGCCGAAAUCGAGGAAACAGCGAGAGGACGAGAGAGAGGCCAAGGCGGAGGAGAAGGAGAGAAAGGAGAGAAAACGCGCCAAGUUGGAGAUUAAAAAUCGCGGACACGUCAAGCCGCAGCCUAGGGGACGAGAUGUCGAGAGUGACAUGUUGGAGCGACGGCUGCAAAACACGGCCACGAAGGGCGUUGUUCGUCUCUUCAAAGCAGUGUCCAAGGCACAAGAGGACUCCCAGAAGGCGAGGCUCAUGCGAAGAAAGGACGCACUGAUAUCCAAGACGAAAUUUUUGGAAGAGCUGCGGGGAGGGGAUAAAACGCCGGCCGCUGGCGAGGAGGAGAAGGCCAGUAGGGCGAGCUUUUUGCAAGACGACUUCAUGCUCUCAUCCGGUGGGAAGAUGAAGGACUGGGACAAGGAACGAGAAGUUGCGGCGAGGGACUUAGAGUACGAUGAAGAAGAGGAUGACGUCUUCUAA